UCUGCACCUGAUCACUGUGAUUAAUGAUCAAUACAUCAACCCUGAGCAGCUGCUCAUGAUCAGCUCAUUACUGAUCAUUUUGUUUCCUUCUGAUCAGCUGCUGUCAGAGACAAGAAGAGGUGGAGCCACACCACAGAGGAAGAAAAAGGAAGAAGGAACCAACGAAGAAGAGCACAGAGAGUGCGAUGGCAGGGUGGAUGAAGAGCUGGAGGAAACUGAGGAUUGUGAUCCUCUUCAGCCUCCUCAGCCUCACUGAACCGUUUGCGGUGAGAGAUGACGAGUGGGAGGAGCUCAGCCAUGACAUCACUGCACUGCACCGCCUCAGAGGACUUCAUCAACACAUGUUUCAUCAGCGGCUCAACCAAAGAGUCACUUCCGUCCUCGGGGGCAGAGUGGAGAGAUCCAUCAGCAGGAUGGACAUGGACCAAAACCUGAAGAGUCUGAAGGACGGUUUGAAGGCCUGUGAGCAGGAUUUUACAUCAUGUGCUGUUCAGAUGGGACAGGACUUUGAAAACUUCCUGGGAGCGAUUGAUGAACAGAAGAUACAAGAUCGGCUGCUAAGUGCUUCGGAGAUCUCGCACGGCUACAGCCAAAAGCUUCUGCUCAUGACUGACAAAGAGAAGUCAACCAGUGACGGAGUCCAGCAGGAAUACAGCAUGGAUCCUCAUUUCUCAGUGAUAGUCAACAAUGACUGCCUGCAUAAUGCCUCAUGUGUACCAAAAGCAGACAGCUACACGGUGGUGAAGAUAUUUGGACGUGUUUCAGAAGAUGGACAGACUAUGUCUGGCCUCUCCGGCUCCUCGGCUGCAGAGCUGGUGUUGAAACCAUCACUGGAGGCAGCACCGGUGUUCUCUCUCGCCGGAAACACAACCACAGACUUCCAACAUAACUUCAUGCGGAUUUUUAUGGUCCGUGGCAUCAAAUCAGUCUUAGAAACAAACCAGGAAGGUCACCAGAUGUACCAGGUCAUGAACCAACCUGACUCAGUUUCUGGGUACAAAAUUCCACAAAGACCAGUUGAUCAUAGCACACAGUAUGACCACCAGCAGAUCCUCAUCAUGGAAGACAACCCUAUCGUCAGAAGUGCUGCCACGUAUCUUUACGAGAAACAUCCAACAGUUAGCUCUGUCUACGUUCUUGACGAAAACCGAAACCCCAAACUGAUCCACGGUGAGUCCGUGCCUCUGACAGGGGACAGCAGACUGGUGCUGGUGGGACAUGGCACAAGAGAAAAGUCCGGAGAGAUGAGACUGGCCGGAUACAAAGCAGACCAAGUCUCCAAAAUCAUCCAACAGACCGACAGGGUCUCAGAUGAAAUCAAGACAACAAGUGUGGUGGCCUGUGAUGUCGGAUCAGAUGAAAGGUUUGUUGAAACGCUGCUGACGGAGCUCCAUGAGACCGCCGGCAUCACGACAGAGCUGCAUGUCAGGAAUGCUGUGAUGCAGGUCCGACACACGGGAGAGAAAAUCACACAGGAGAUCUCUACUGGAGGGCUGAGAUGGCUUCAUAAAGAUGACAGCAAGAAAGUGGUGGCAACCCUCGACAGGAACGGAAACGUCAUUAUUAGAAAUGAGCCCGGCAGUAAAGGAAAGGCCGUUUUUACUAAUGAAAGAAAUUUUCUGAUAAACAAAUGGCCAAGAAAACGUUUUCUGGCCUACAGAGACAGCUGGCCAGAGAAACCACAGAGAUUCAUUGAUCAGAAUAUUUUGAAGAAUUUGGACCAAAAUGCUUGUGAGGAGCUUGAAGCUCUGUCAUGGGGAUUAUUUCAUGAUGACCUGCCCCGUCCAGAAAGAGUCAGAGUCAACAAUGUACAGCAAAUACGAGAGCAUUACGUAAUAGGCAAACACACUGAUAAUGAUAAGAAGAUAGAGUGGAUCAAUAACGAGCAGGAACUAAAGUACAUUCUCUCCAAGUGUUACGAGAUCAAAUCAGGAAAAGAUGUCAGAAGUAUCAUCCGCCACUAUGCAAAGACUGGAGAGAAUCAGGUCACAUACCUGAUGGUCAAAGACUGGAUAUAUGCUGUUGAUCCUCAAACUCUGUAUGUAUAUCCAGUUGGAAAAAAGCUCAACAACAACCAAAUAGGAGAUGAUCAGAAAAUGAAUGACAUAAAGGGCUGUAUUGAGGAACAGCUAGGCAAAGAAAAAUACCCAGACAUGAAAAAUGGAAUUCGUGAUAAAAAUAUCAACCCUGUAAAUAACCCAGAAGAAGUCUAUGUUGAAUAUGUGAAAGAUAUUUUUCGUGGAGAACACAGAAGUAAACUUCCAUUACCAACUGAGGCCUGGUGCACCUCUUACUUCACUGCAUCAGUUAUAUGCGAAUCUGCCAGGAACUUCCGGACAUUUCCUGAGGUUCUCAUGGCCCUGGACCUGACCGAUAACAGCGACGACAACAACAUCAAACAGAAAGGAUUGGAGUUUUUUUUUGAAGAACAUCCAAUGGCAAGAGGAAGAAGUUGGAUUGAUCCAAGCAGACGUGGAUUUAGUGGCUCUGCAACAUCUAAAGAUUCCAGCAAACUAAAUAAUCGUCCACCUGAAACUGAGCCAAACUUAAUUAAUUCUCUUAACGAAGUCCUAAAAAAAGAAGUCAACCAUUACAAGUCAUGGAAUCAGAUUGAUGGAGAAAGUACCCUGUCCAAAGUAUUGAACAUUGCAGAAAAUUACAAUAUAUUUAAAAGUAAUUCAAAUGAACACCAAAGCAUUAUCAACAAUUACCAAACUUUCAAAAGCACAUUAAGUGAACCUCAAGCAUCAGGCUCAUUAGGAGGCUACAAUGACGGCCGCAUAACGACUCAGGACCUAAAAUCUGCCACAGAGUUGGAAAAUUCUUUCAAACUGGACUCAUAUUACUCCAGGUUGAGAUCGUCAGUUGCUGAUCAGAUCUACAGUCAGAUAAAAGCAAAAUAUGGUGAAGCUCUGGGAGGACUGCGCCUCCAGGAGGGCAGUGCCAAGAUGGAGGACGGACAGUUCGUAUGUCAGCUUGUGUCUGAGGCUGCUGAUGCUCAACCUUUUGAGUUUAGGGUUGAGUUAUCGCCAGAGACUCAAAGCUACAAUGAAAAGAUGUUGAAGAAGAUUGACUCAGCGGUUCAUGAGCUGGAGAGUCAUCAUCCAGCCUCCUCCCAUCAAGUCAGCAAGUAUGUGGAGCGCAGUGGGACUGCUAUGGGGGCGCUGGGCCUCAUGCUGGGGCUGAAAGGAACUGCUCAGGCUUUUGAACAGGGUGACACCAUACAUGGAGUGGCAGGAGCUCUGCAAACGGCUCAUGGAGUGGCAGCCAUUACAACACCUCUCAUCGCAAAAACAGCUCUGAGCUCAGAGACAAGAGUCGUCCAAGCAUUGAUGAAAAGUCCUGCGAUGAAGGGGACCAUGGCAGUUAUACCAGUGGUGGGAAUUGGAUUUGGGAUAUACAAUAUUGAAGAAGAUAUAAGGAGAGGUGACACUCUGGGAUACAUCGAUGCUGGAUUAGAUGGUUUCAUGGUUGGUUUGGAUCUUGUUGAAAUUGCUCUGCCUGAACUGAUGCCGUUCAUAGCGCCUGUAAACCUGGCUCUGUCAGCAGUCCGGAUGCUCUUUGAUGAUGUUUAUAUGAGCGUACAUAAUGAACUGAACAGCCUCCCGAAGAAUGCUGGAGCUCUGGAGCGACUGGGUGCUGCCUUUAUUGGCAUUGUGGAGGGGAUUGGGCAGUUUGAGAUUCAGGUGGCAGAAUUUUUUUACAACGACCGUCAUGAAGAAAUUGAGGAGGGACACAGACUUGUUGCACGGAUAUCAGACUAUCGGAAAUAUUACAGAGUCACCACGGAGCCAGAUGGAAGCGGUGCCAUUGAUUUUAGUAGUGGUGACUCUUCCUGGAAUGGAGGAGGUAUUCAGUUCUGCCUCGCUGACCAGGGUCAGUCUGAGCUCUGCAUGGACUAUUUCGUUUCCAGUGAUGAGGAUGCUGGGAGGAGGUGUUGGAGCAUUGAUUCACAUGGAAGCAAAGAUAUCAUUCUUGGCCUGGGAGAGUCCCAUCAACUCGAGCACAAGACGCUGCAGAAGAAGGUGCUCAUAUUCAUUCCAGCCGGCUCUGUGACAGUGGUCUCAGGUUAUAAAGCUCUGUCAAACUCAAGGUACGGGAGAUACAAGGGAAACAGAGACUCCAAUCACUUCUUUGCCAGUCAGAAAGCAGCGGACCAACAUAUGAUUGAAGUCAUGUUGAGUUACUAUUAUGAACUUUAUGGUGAAGCAGGUGAUGACAUGUUCUUCCUCGGUCCACAGAGGAGUUAUGUUCAAGGCUCUGAUGGAAAAGACACAUACAUCAUCCCUGAAGAUGGAGGGAAAACAAUCAUUAACAACUACGAUCCCUCCAAAGGCCUCGACACUCUUCACUUCAGUGCAGAUUACAGUCACAUUUCUGUGUCUAAAUCUGUAGAUGACCUCGUGUUAAUGUAUGAGGGCAGUCACACUGUGAUUGUGGAAGGAUGGUUUUUAGGGGAAGCAUAUCGUCACAUGAACAUGAUGUCAGGAGACGGAGUCUUGUUUGAGGUUUCCUCCUCUGUGGGUCCUUCUGUUCAGCUGGUGGCCAGAGGAAUCAACAAAUCAAUGCUUAAGACACGAGGUCAAACUGUGGACACAUCACAGCCACUUUUCAGAACAGUUAUAAACAUAUUUGGGUCUCGAUACAAUGAUGUGCUCAUUGGGAACGGAGAGAAGAAUCUGAUGGAUGGAGGAGGAGGUCAAGAUCGUUUGGUUGGUGGUGAAGGAGAAGACAUUUACAUGGUGAAAGACCGACAACAGUCCUCAGUCUGGAUUGAAAAUUACUCCAUUGACACUAAAACAGACCUGGCUAUAAUAGAAGCAAAUCUUCACACCUUCAAAGUCAAAGCAGAAGGUGAUAAUGUUGUUCUGAACGCUCUCGACAACAACAUCCAUGUGACUUUAGUGAACUGGUUCAGGUCACCAGCAGACAGACACUUGCUUGUUAUCACGAAGGAUUUUAUCACUUUCACAAUCUCAGAUAACAAAGCUGACUGCCAGCAGAGUGACCCAUUCAUCAGGUGUAUAAGAAGUCACAGAAUUGACUACAGCAGCUCUCCAUCUGCGCAGGUGGUCGACCUUCAGGAGGACGAGGCUUUGAACCAGGUGACGGAGGUUCGCGGGUCAAAGUUUGAUGAUGUCAUCAGAGGGAACAAAGAACACAACGUUCUCGUCCCAGGAAGCGGAAAUGAUUUCCUCCAGGGUCGAGGAGGAGUGGACUGGUACGUUAUCACACCAGGAGAAGGAGUCAAAACUAUCAACAAUCAAUCACCAGAUCGAGCCUUGGACAUCCUCUUCCUGAAACAACAGUACCAGCAUAUUACAUGUUCCUGUGAGGGGCAGAGCAUCAUCAUCUCAGUACACGGCAGAAGAAAUGUUAUUCUACAGAACUGGUUUGAUUCAAAGAGUUAUCAGCACCUGCAGAUUCAGACCAGUGACGGAGUCACAGCUGGACUGAAUCCCAACAUCAGCAGCUGUGGAGAUACUUUAAUGUCACCUUUAAUCCUGGAUUACCGCAACCAAACACCUGAACCACUUCAAUCCAUCAAGGAACUGACUGUUGAAGAAACUGAUGAAUUGAUUAUUGCAGAAGUGGUAGUAGGGUGCUUCACAUAUAAGGACAAAAAUUCAUUUGGCAGAAUGUUCUGUGACUUUGAAGGCAAAGUGAUGACGAGUGACUCAGUGAAAGAAAUGUAUGGCUCCUCUGGUUUUGACAUCAUGGAGGGGAACAGAAAUGAGAAUGUGCUUGAUCCUCACACUGGAGGUGGACUGAUGUUUGGAGGAGAAGGAAAAGACAAGUACAUAAUCAAACAUGGAUAUGGACAGGGCACCCAUCUCAUAAUUGAUAACUUUGCAGAAGAUCAGAUUAUUGAUACCGUGUUGGUUGACAUGGAUUUCCUUGAUGGCAGCCAAGUCACAGUCUCAUCAUGGUCAGAAGAUCUGGUUGUGAUGAUUGUGACUAAAGGGCAACGUUUAGAAUUCAGUCUGCUCAACUACUGUGAAGGUGACAAACAUCGGCACAUAGAGUUUCAGAGCUCUGAUGGUGUGAAAUUUAAACUGAAACAAGAAAACUCAUCUUUGUUUCAAGUUGAAGCUUUCAAAGUGACUCUAAAACAGGCUGACUGCCGACUGGACCUCAACUCUCAGGGAAAUCUGUCAACCGUUCUGACGGUACAAGGCUGCCCCUCCCAGUCCAACUACAUAUUGGGUAACGCACGAGACAAUGCUCUGGUCGGUGGCUGGAAGGAUGACGUCUUGGAGGGAGGUGAAGGAGACGACACACUGAUGGGAGGGAACGGAAACGACAUGCUCAUUGGUGACUUGGGAGACGACACUCUUUAUGGCGAGGAUGGAAAUGAUACCAUGAUGGGAGGCUCAGGCCGGGAUGUCUUCAUUCCUGGACCAGGGGCGGAUCUCGUGGAUGGAGGUUCCAGCAGAGACACAGUCCUGUACCGAGGCGAUCAUGACACCGGUGAAGGGGUUUAUGUUAACCUGCUGACUGGACAAGGCCGCUACGCUGAUGCUGAGGGAGACGUGUUGAAGGAUGUGGAGAUGGUCGUUGGCACUGUGUACUCUGAUAUCCUGGUAUCUGGAUAUGAGAGUUCUCUUCUCAAAGGCUCAGACGGCGAUGACAUCUUGGUGUCCACAGGUGGCGACUACCUGGUCGGGGGGGAUGGAAGUGACAUUUACAUGUUGGCCUUCCAGAAUGGUUCAGUCACCAUUAACAACUGUGCAAAGGACAACGUCACAGACGUCCUGUACAUGAGUUCAUGGUCACGACCAGAAAUUAAACGUCAAAUAUUAUCUGAACGGGUUGUUCUGACUUUUGAUGGAGAGAACCAAACUAGUGUUAAAGUGACUCUGGAGGGCUGGACCAAUGAUGAUGAUGAUGAAUGUGGUCACUUGAAGUUGGUUUCUGGACGGAUGGUGGUGUCACUGGACCAGCUGCUGAGAAGUGCCAGAAGAACAAGCGUCAAACUGAAGAUGUAGAGAAUCAGUUUUAACGGGACGACAACAAGCAGACAAAUGUUCAUGCAGUCAGUUUCCAUGAUGUGAUGAGAUGUGUCGCUGCAGCUGAAAGUAAAGACACAGUAUCUGCAUUCGGUUGAUUCUUGUUUCAUCUUCAUUAAUCUGGUUUGUUCACUUGUAGUUUGUAUGAUUUGGAAACUAGAUGAUGGGAACAUUUCCCUCACAAAAAAUGUUCAAACAGGAAGUGAGUUUUUGAAUAAAAUUAAAAUGGCUGCCCAUGCACCAAAACGGCCUCAUAAAAGCAAAAAGCAUGGAAU